AUGGGGAGACGACGGCGGCUGUGUCUCCAGCCCUACUUCGUGUGGCUGGGCUGCGUGGCGCUCUGGGCGCAGGGCACAGCCGGCCAGCCCCAGCCCCCGCCGCCCAAGCCGCCCCGGCCCCAGUCGCCGCCGCAACAGGUCAGGCCCGCAGCGGCGGGCUCUGAAGGCGGGUUCGCAGUGCCCGAGUACCGGGAGGAGGGCGUCGCGGCGGCCAGCCGCGUCCGCAGGCGAGGACAGCAGGACGUGCUCCGAGGGCCCAACGUAUGCGGAUCCAGGUUCCACUCCUACUGCUGCCCGGGAUGGAAGACGCUCCCUGGAGGAAACCAAUGCAUUGUCCCAAUUUGUAGAAAUAGUUGUGGAGAUGGAUUUUGUUCCCGUCCUAACAUGUGUACUUGUUCCAGCGGCCAAAUAUCACCAACCUGUGGAUCAAAAUCAAUUCAGCAGUGCAGUGUUAGGUGCAUGAAUGGUGGGACCUGUGCAGAUGACCAUUGCCAGUGCCAGAAAGGAUAUAUUGGAACUUAUUGUGGACAACCCGUCUGUGAAAAUGGAUGUCAGAAUGGUGGACGUUGUAUUGGACCCAACCGCUGUGCUUGUGUUUAUGGAUUCACUGGUCCACAGUGUGAAAGAGAUUACAGGACAGGCCCAUGUUUCACUCAGGUCAACAACCAGAUGUGCCAAGGGCAGCUGACAGGCAUUGUCUGCACAAAGACUCUGUGCUGUGCCACCAUUGGACGGGCCUGGGGCCACCCCUGUGAGAUGUGUCCCGCCCAGCCUCAGCCCUGCCGGCGGGGCUUCAUCCCCAACAUCCGCACUGGAGCUUGCCAAGACGUUGACGAAUGCCAGGCUAUUCCUGGGAUAUGCCAGGGAGGAAACUGCAUCAAUACAGUGGGCUCUUUUGAAUGCAAAUGUCCUGCUGGUCACAAGCAGAGUGAAACUACUCAGAAAUGUGAAGACGUUGAUGAGUGCAGCAUCAUUCCUGGGAUAUGUGAAACUGGCGAAUGUUCCAACACCGUGGGAAGCUAUUUUUGCGUUUGUCCACGUGGAUAUGUAACCUCAACAGAUGGCUCUCGGUGCAUCGAUCAGAGAACAGGCACAUGUUUCUCCGGCCUGGUGAAUGGUCGCUGUGCACAAGAGCUUCCGGGCAGAAUGACAAAAAUGCAAUGCUGCUGUGAGCCCGGCCGCUGCUGGGGUGUUGGAACCAUUCCUGAAGCCUGUCCCAUCAGAGGCUCUGAGGAAUAUCGCAGACUUUGCAUGGAUGGACUUCCAAUAGGAGGGAUUCCAGGGAGUGCUGGUUCCAGACCUGGAGGCACUGGGGGGAGUGGCUUUGCUCCAAGUGGCAAUGGCAAUGGCUAUGGCCCAGGAGGGACAGGCUUCAUUCCCAUUCCUGGAGGCAAUGGCUUUUCUCCUGGCGUUGGGGGAGCCGGUGUAGGGGCCGGGGGACAGGGGCCCAUCAUCACUGGACUAACUAUUCUGAACCAGACAAUAGAUAUAUGUAAGCACCAUACUAAUCUCUGUUUAAAUGGACGCUGCAUACCUACUGUUUCUAGCUACCGAUGUGAAUGCAACAUGGGUUACAAGCAGGAUGCAAAUGGGGAUUGCAUAGAUGUUGAUGAAUGCACAUCGAAUCCCUGCACUAAUGGAGAUUGUGUUAACACACCUGGAUCCUAUUAUUGUAAAUGUCAUGCUGGAUUCCAGAGGACUCCCACCAAGCAAGCAUGCAUUGACAUUGAUGAAUGCAUCCAGAAUGGGGUUCUUUGUAAGAAUGGUCGAUGUGUGAACACAGAUGGAAGUUUCCAGUGCAUUUGCAAUGCUGGCUUUGAAUUAACUACAGAUGGAAAAAACUGUGUUGAUCAUGAUGAAUGUACAACUACCAACAUGUGUUUGAAUGGGAUGUGUAUUAAUGAAGAUGGCAGCUUCAAGUGCAUCUGCAAACCAGGAUUUGUCUUGGCUCCAAAUGGGCGUUACUGCACUGAUAUUGAUGAGUGCCAGACCCCAGGAAUCUGCAUGAAUGGGCAUUGCAUCAACAAUGAAGGGUCGUUCCGCUGUGACUGUCCCCCAGGCCUGGCUGUGGGUGUGGAUGGACGCGUGUGUGUUGAUACUCACAUGCGCAGUACAUGCUAUGGUGGAAUCAAGAAGGGAGUGUGUGUCCGUCCUUUUCCUGGUGCAGUGACCAAGUCUGAAUGCUGCUGUGCCAAUCCAGACUAUGGUUUUGGAGAGCCCUGCCAGCCAUGCCCUGCUAAAAAUUCAGCUGAAUUCCACGGUCUUUGUAGUAGUGGAGUAGGUAUCACUGUGGAUGGAAGAGAUAUCAAUGAGUGUGCUCUGGAUCCUGAUAUAUGUGCCAAUGGAAUUUGUGAAAAUUUACGUGGUAGUUACCGUUGUAAUUGCAACAGUGGCUAUGAGCCAGAUGCCUCUGGAAGAAACUGUAUUGACAUUGAUGAGUGCCUGGUAAACAGACUGCUCUGUGACAAUGGCCUAUGCCGAAACACACCUGGGAGCUACAGCUGCACCUGCCCACCUGGCUAUGUGUUCAGGACUGAGACAGAGACGUGUGAAGAUAUAAAUGAAUGUGAAAGCAACCCAUGUGUCAAUGGGGCCUGCAGGAACAACCUUGGAUCUUUCAAUUGUGAAUGUUCUCCUGGCAGCAAACUCAGCUCUACAGGAUUGAUCUGUAUUGACAGCCUGAAAGGGACGUGUUGGCUCAACAUCCAGGACAACCGCUGUGAGGUGAACAUUAACGGAGCCACUCUGAAAUCCGAAUGCUGCGCCACCCUCGGGGCUGCCUGGGGGAGCCCCUGUGAGCGGUGUGAACUAGAUACAGCUUGCCCAAGAGGGUUUGCCAGGAUUAAAGGUGUUACUUGUGAAGACGUUAAUGAGUGUGAGGUGUUUCCUGGCGUUUGCCCAAAUGGACACUGUGUUAACAGCAAAGGAUCUUUUCAUUGUGAGUGCCCUGAAGGCCUUACGUUGGAUGGAACUGGCCGUGUGUGUUUGGAUAUCCGCAUGGAGCAGUGUUACUUGAAGUGGGAUGAGGAUGAAUGCGUCCGUCCUGUUCCUGGGAAGUUCCGCAUGGAUGCCUGCUGCUGUGCAGUCGGGGCGGCUUGGGGCACUGAGUGUGAGGAGUGCCCCAAACCUGGCACCACGGAGUAUGAGACCCUGUGCCCCCGGGGGCCUGGCUUUGCUAACAGAGGGGACGUUCUUACUGGGAGGCCAUUUUACAAAGAUAUCAAUGAAUGCAAAGCAUUCCCUGGGAUGUGCACGUAUGGAAAGUGCAGGAAUACAAUUGGAAGUUUCAAGUGCCGUUGCAAUAGUGGCUUUGCUUUAGACUUGGAGGAAAGAAACUGCACAGACAUUGACGAGUGCAGGAUUUCUCCUGACCUCUGUGGGAGUGGGAUCUGUGUCAACACGCCGGGCAGCUUUGAGUGUGAGUGCUUCGAAGGCUACGAGAGCGGGUUCAUGAUGAUGAAGAACUGCAUGGACAUUGACGAAUGUGAACGUAACCCUCUCCUUUGUAGGGGUGGCACCUGUGUGAACACUGAGGGCAGCUUUCAGUGUGACUGCCCACUGGGACAUGAGCUGUCACCGUCACGUGAGGACUGUGUGGAUAUUAAUGAAUGCUCCCUGAGUGACAAUCUCUGUAGAAAUGGAAAAUGUGUAAACAUGAUUGGAACUUAUCAGUGCUCCUGCAAUGCUGGGUACCAGGCCACGCCAGACCGGCAGGGCUGUACAGAUAUUGACGAAUGUAUGAUAAUGAACGGAGGCUGUGACACCCAGUGCACUAAUGCAGAAGGAAGCUAUGAAUGUAGCUGCAGUGAAGGUUAUGCCCUGAUGCCAGAUGGGAGGUCGUGUGCAGAUAUUGAUGAAUGUGAAAAUAAUCCUGAUAUCUGUGAUGGUGGGCAGUGUACCAACAUUCCUGGAGAGUAUCGCUGUCUGUGUUAUGAUGGCUUCAUGGCUUCAAUGGACAUGAAAACAUGCAUUGACGUGAAUGAAUGUGACUUAAAUUCAAACAUCUGCAUGUUUGGGGAAUGUGAGAACACCAAGGGAUCCUUCAUUUGCCACUGUCAGCUGGGAUAUUCAGUAAAGAAGGGGACCACGGGAUGCACAGAUGUGGAUGAGUGUGAAAUUGGUGCCCACAACUGUGACAUGCAUGCCUCAUGUCUAAACGUCCCAGGAAGCUUCAAAUGUAGCUGCAGAGAAGGCUGGGUUGGAAAUGGCAUCAAAUGUAUUGAUCUGGACGAAUGUUCUAAUGGAACCCACCAGUGCAGCAUAAAUGCUCAGUGUGUCAAUACCCCAGGCUCCUACCGCUGUGCCUGCUCCGAAGGGUUCACUGGAGAUGGAUUUACCUGCUCAGAUGUUGAUGAGUGUGCAGAAAACAUAAAUCUCUGUGAGAAUGGACAAUGCCUCAACGUCCCGGGUGCAUAUCGCUGCGAGUGUGAGAUGGGCUUCACUCCAGCCUCAGACAGCAGAUCCUGCCAAGAUAUCGAUGAAUGCUCCUUCCAAAAUAUUUGUGUCUUUGGAACAUGUAAUAAUUUGCCUGGAAUGUUUCAUUGUAUCUGUGAUGAUGGUUACGAAUUGGACAGAACCGGAGGGAACUGUACAGAUAUUGAUGAAUGUGCAGAUCCAAUAAACUGUGUGAACGGCCUAUGUGUCAACACUCCUGGUCGCUAUGAGUGUAACUGUCCACCCGAUUUCCAGCUGAACCCCACCGGUGUGGGUUGUGUUGACAAUCGAGUGGGCAACUGUUACCUGAAGUUCGGUCCUCGGGGCGACGGGAGUCUCUCCUGCAACACUGAGAUUGGGGUGGGCGUCAGCCGCUCCUCCUGUUGCUGCUCUCUGGGGAAGGCCUGGGGGAACCCCUGCGAGACCUGCCCCCCUGUCAAUAGCACUGAAUAUUACACUUUGUGUCCUGGAGGUGAAGGCUUCAGACCUAACCCCAUCACAAUCAUCUUAGAAGAUAUUGAUGAAUGCCAGGAGUUACCAGGUCUCUGCCAGGGUGGAAACUGUAUCAACACUUUCGGGAGCUUCCAGUGUGAGUGCCCUCAAGGCUACUACCUCAGUGAGGAAACCCGCAUCUGUGAAGAUAUUGAUGAGUGUUUUGCACAUCCUGGUGUGUGUGGACCUGGUACUUGCUACAACACCCUGGGAAAUUACACCUGCAUUUGCCCACCUGAAUACAUGCAGGUCAAUGGAGGCCACAACUGUAUGGACAUGAGAAAAAGCUUCUGCUACAGAAGCUAUAAUGGAACCACUUGUGAGAAUGAGUUGCCUUUUAAUGUGACAAAGAGGAUGUGCUGCUGCACAUACAAUGUGGGCAAAGCCUGGAACAAACCUUGUGAACCAUGCCCAACGCCAGGAACGGCUGACUUUAAAACUAUAUGUGGAAAUAUUCCUGGAUUCACCUUUGACAUUCACACUGGAAAAGCUGUUGACAUUGAUGAAUGUAAAGAGAUUCCAGGCAUUUGUGCAAAUGGUGUGUGUAUUAACCAGAUUGGCAGUUUCCGUUGUGAAUGCCCUACGGGAUUCAGCUACAAUGACCUGCUCCUGGUCUGUGAAGAUAUUGAUGAGUGCAGCAACGGUGAUAACCUCUGCCAGCGAAAUGCCGACUGCAUCAACAGUCCCGGCAGCUACCGCUGUGAGUGCGCUGCAGGUUUCAAACUUUCACCCAACGGAGCCUGUGUAGAUCGCAACGAAUGUUUAGAAAUUCCUAAUGUUUGCAGUCAUGGCCUGUGUGUGGAUUUACAAGGAAGUUACCAGUGUAUCUGCCACAACGGCUUUAAGGCUUCUCAGGACCAGACGAUGUGCAUGGAUGUUGAUGAAUGUGAGCGGCAUCCAUGUGGAAAUGGAACUUGUAAAAACACCGUUGGAUCCUAUAACUGUCUCUGCUACCCAGGCUUUGAACUCACUCAUAAUAAUGAUUGCCUGGAUGUAGAUGAGUGCAGUUCCUUUUUUGGUCAGGUGUGCAGAAAUGGACGGUGUUUUAAUGAAAUUGGCUCCUUCAAGUGUUUAUGUAAUGAAGGCUAUGAACUUACUCCAGAUGGCAAGAACUGUAUAGAUACUAAUGAGUGUGUUGCCCUUCCUGGCUCUUGCUCUCCUGGCACCUGUCAGAAUUUGGAGGGAUCCUUCAGAUGCAUCUGUCCCCCAGGGUAUGAAGUAAAAAGCGAGAAUUGCAUCGAUAUAAAUGAAUGUGAUGAAGAUCCCAACAUCUGUCUUUUCGGUUCCUGCACCAAUACUCCUGGGGGCUUCCAGUGCAUCUGUCCCCCUGGUUUUGUAUUGUCUGAUAAUGGACGGAGAUGCUUCGAUACUCGCCAGAGCUUCUGUUUCACAAACUUUGAAAAUGGAAAGUGUUCCGUACCCAAAGCUUUCAAUACCACAAAGGCGAAAUGCUGCUGUAGUAAGAUGCCAGGAGAGGGCUGGGGGGACCCCUGUGAACUGUGCCCCAAAGAUGAUGAAGUGGCAUUCCAGGAUUUGUGUCCCUAUGGCCAUGGAACUGUUCCUAGUCUUCAUGAUACCCGUGAAGAUGUCAAUGAAUGUCUUGAGAGCCCUGGCAUUUGUUCAAAUGGUCAGUGUAUCAACACAGAUGGGUCUUUUCGCUGUGAAUGUCCAAUGGGUUACAACCUUGAUUACACUGGAGUACGCUGUGUGGAUACCGAUGAAUGUUCAAUUGGCAAUCCCUGUGGAAAUGGGACGUGCACCAAUGUUAUUGGGAGUUUUGAAUGCAACUGCAACGAAGGCUUUGAGCCAGGGCCCAUGAUGAAUUGUGAAGAUAUCAAUGAGUGUGCCCAGAACCCACUGCUGUGUGCUUUCCGCUGCAUGAACACCUUCGGGUCCUACGAAUGCACAUGCCCGAUUGGCUAUGCCCUCAGGGAAGACCAGAAGAUGUGCAAAGACCUGGAUGAAUGUGCUGAAGGGCUACAUGACUGUGAAUCUAGGGGCAUGAUGUGUAAGAAUCUGAUUGGCACCUUCAUGUGCAUCUGCCCGCCUGGGAUGACCCGAAGGCCUGAUGGAGAAGGCUGUGUAGAUGAAAAUGAAUGCAGGACCAAGCCAGGAAUCUGUGAAAAUGGGCGUUGCGUUAACACUAUUGGGAGCUAUAGGUGCGAGUGUAAUGAAGGCUUUCAGUCAAGCUCUUCAGGAACUGAAUGCCUUGACAAUCGACAGGGACUCUGCUUUGCAGAGGUAUUGCAGACCAUGUGUCAGAUGUCAUCCAGCAGCCGUAACCUUGUCACAAAGUCAGAAUGCUGCUGCGAUGGGGGGCGAGGCUGGGGUCACCAGUGUGAGCUCUGCCCACUUCCUGGAACUGCCCAGUACAAAAAGAUAUGUCCUCAUGGCCCAGGAUAUACCACUGAUGGAAGAGAUAUUGAUGAAUGCAAAGUUAUGCCAAAUCUCUGCACCAAUGGUCAGUGCAUCAAUACCAUGGGCUCCUUCCGGUGCUUCUGCAAGGUUGGCUACACCACGGACAUCAGUGGAACCUCGUGUGUAGAUCUUGAUGAAUGUUCACAGUCCCCAAAACCCUGCAACUUCAUCUGCAAGAACACGGAGGGGAGUUACCAGUGCUCCUGUCCUCGAGGCUAUGUCCUACAGGAGGAUGGAAAGACAUGCAAAGACCUUGAUGAAUGUCAAACCAAACAGCACAACUGCCAGUUCCUCUGUGUCAACACUCUGGGAGGUUUUACCUGUAAAUGUCCACCUGGUUUCACACAGCAUCACACUGCUUGUAUUGACAACAAUGAAUGUGGGUCUCAGCCUUCACUUUGUGGAGCAAAAGGAAUCUGUCAAAACACCCCUGGAAGUUUCAGCUGCGAAUGCCAAAGAGGGUUCUCUCUUGAUGCCACGGGACUGAACUGUGAAGAUGUUGAUGAAUGUGAUGGAAACCAUAGGUGCCAGCAUGGCUGCCAGAACAUCCUGGGAGGCUACAGGUGUGGCUGCCCUCAAGGAUAUAUUCAGCAUUACCAGUGGAAUCAGUGUGUCGAUGAGAAUGAGUGCUCCAAUCCAAAUGCCUGUGGCUCUGCUUCCUGCUACAACACCCUGGGGAGCUACAAGUGCGCCUGCCCCUCUGGGUUCUCCUUCGACCAGUUCUCCAGUGCCUGCCACGAUGUGAACGAGUGCUCGUCUUCCAAGAACCCGUGCAAUUACGGCUGCUCCAACACGGAAGGGGGCUACCUCUGCGGCUGCCCACCUGGCUACUACAGAGUGGGACAGGGCCACUGUGUCUCAGGAAUGGGAUUUAACAAAGGGCAGUACCUGUCAAUGGAUGCAGAAGUGGAUGAAGAGAACGCUCUGUCCCCGGAAGCAUGCUAUGAGUGCAAAAUCAACGGCUACUCUAAGAAAGACAGCAGACAGAAGAGAGGUGUUUAUGAACCCAAACCCACUGCUGUUGAACAGAUCAGCCUGGAGAGUGUCGACAUGGACAGCCCCAUGAAAAUGAAGUUCAACCUUUCCGGCCUUGGCUCUAAGGAGCACAUCCUAGAACUCAUGCCCGCCAUUGAGCCACUCAACAACCACAUCCGCUAUGUCAUCUCCCAAGGGAAUGACGAUGGCAUCUUCCGCAUCCACCAAAGGAAUGGGCUCAGCUACUUGCACACGGCUAAGAGGAAGCUCGUGCCUGGCACAUACACACUGGAAGUCACUAGCAUCCCUCUCUACAAGAAAAAGGAGCUUAAGAAACUGGAAGACAGCAAUGAGGACGACUACCUCCUAGGGGAGCUCGGGGAGGCUCUCAGAAUGAGGCUGCAGAUUCAACUCUAUUAA